UGUCUAACCUCUCCCUAUAUAUUCUUGGCGUUGGUUCGAGAGCAAAGUAUAACUUCGUUCUGUGAGAUAUCCGUAACCCUAAUUCAAGUUUUUUCUUGGCAUGGCUUCUGGACUGGGUGUUAUCAUCAUCGCCGUGUUGGCGGCGGCGGCGGCGGCUGACGUGCCCGACCAGUCAACCCACCACGUCGUGGGGGGAGACGACGGUUGGGGGCCUGCUUUGGACGUCACUGCUUGGCUUUCCGGCCGGGUUUUUAGGGUCGGAGACAAAAUCUUGUUCAAGAAGUCGGGAACGGAUGAGAGCGUGGUGGAGCUCCGGGGGCCAGAGGAGUUUCUGAAGUGCAACCUGACGAACCCGAUAAGGAUGUACACGGAGGAGGUGAGCCACGUAGCGCUGGAGGAGGAAGGCGUGAGGUAUUUCGUCAGCGGGAACCUCGAAAGCUGCAAGAAGGGGCUCAAGUUUCCGGUGUCCGUACAGUCUCCGGCGGCCAAGGACUGGAAGCCGCAGCCAAAUCCGUAUGGACCUCCCUCGCCGCCGUUCGACCCCACUCCUGCGUUCUGGCCGCCGCCGCCGUUCCAUCCGUCGGCCGCCGCCUCCUUGAAGGGCGCGUCUGGCGUAGUCGCCGCGGGGCUGCUGAUUUGGUGUAUGGGCGGCGUAUCCCUGUAGAGUAGAGGCGGCGCCUUGGUUUGGCUUGGGUAGGACGGACGACGCCAUUAAUAUUAAUAUUAAUUAAUGGUGAAAUAAUUAUAACAAUAAUAAUAAUAAAUAAUUAAUAGUGGUCUUCAAUAGUUGGGUAGUGUGAGCGUAGUAUUUUGUGUGUGGAUGUGUACCUUAUUACCACGGCACGGCUGGAGUUUGUCAAGGCCGGGCAGACUGACUUGGUUGCAUUUUGUGUUUCUCACUCGACUUGUUUGUUUCUUGAUGAAAUAAACUUUUUCCAAUGAAUUAUUAUUAUUAUUA